AAAGGUACGAGACUUUUGGAAUUCCAAUUCCUUGGCUUCUACGUGUGGAGUUCGUCCAUGGAUAUGCUGAACACAGAUUUCAUCGGCGGAGAAAAAACAUUCAACUUCUCGAAUUUUGAUCCAUCAUCUUUGGAUGGAAAAACAAGCGAUGAUAGCAACCAUAGCACCGUAUCGAACGAGGAAAUACCACCGGUGUCACAUGAAAUACUGGAAAGCGACGGAGACGACGACGCAGAAAGUUUCAACAGUGAGGAUCUUGCCGGAAGCAGGAGCGAGUUUGAGAGUGAAGAAGCUUGGAAGGAGACGAAGGUGUACAUGAGACGGUUCGUUGAGUCACAGGGUUUCGAUGUCCCCCCUGUACCAGAUGGUAUCAAAUUUGGCGCAGUACAUCCACUCUAUACGGAGGAGGCUUUGGAGGGGUAUGUGGAGGAGGAUUCUGAGGAGGAUUUAGAGGAGGAUUCAGAGGAGGAUUUAGAGGAGGAUUCAGAGGACGACGAUGAGUAUCCAUCUCAUUAUAGCUCCGUGAAGGAUUACACCUCCAUGGCCAUUGAUCAGUACAAUGCUGAUAACAAUGCAAAGUUGGAACUAGUGCGGAUCAAGAAAGUAAACUAUGGAGCUUGUUGUGGUUUCAAUUACUAUAUAACCAUCCUUGCCAAAGACACCAUUUCAGGAGAGGUGAAGACUCUUCAGGCCAAGGCUUAUCAUUGCAUAUUCAAAGAAGAUAGAAGUUUGACUUUCGUGAGGUUGGCACCAGGACAGCAAUGAUUAGCCAAUUCAAGUACGCAUGAGAAUAGUAAAUUUGAGCUGCUGGAGAAUGGUGUUUGAGAUGCAUUAAAUGCUAUACAUUUGGAGACGUGAAGUUGCCUACAAAACACCCAAUCAGGCGCAUUAUCAAAAGUGGAACCGUUGUGCUGUACUUUUUUGCUACAUUUGUAAUUGCGGAUUGCCGAUGUGUAAAUUUAUUGAAAUGCUACUGUUGUAAAAUUGUAAUCAUGAUUCUGGAAUCUUCUAACUUUGGGCGUGAACUUUCUCAAGAAGACUUCUUUUGCUAUUAUAGUAUACUCCCUUCG